AUGCCAAGGAAAGACAAUGUGAAAAAGCAUGUAGCUUUGCGAGCAUCAGCAGAGCCCUCAAAGAAGUGUUAUUGGAGUAGUAAAGUAAAGCCAAAAACAAGAGCUUUAAGAAUCCGAGCAGAAAAUCAUGAAAUACCUUUGCCACAAACAAACCGUCGACACAUGAAUCAAGUAGGAGGAAGCAAGAAAGCUCAUGGCUCAUCCAAGAAACCAAAGACCAACAUUACUCCAUUAUUUAAAGAGCUGAAGCAGAAUGAUUUCAUCUACUACUUUUGA